UUUCUGGCAGAGGAUCCUUUUCUCUGCGCGACACCGGCGCUGCCAUCUUGGUCGGAGCUGACUCCGGCUCUGCAGCGACACGACUUCCCAGGAAAGUUUAAACAUCUCGCGUCUCCGCUCCGGUCGCUGCUGAGCUCGACGUCUCACGGCUCUGCCCGAAGGACGCACACUUCACCCCCCUCCCGGGGGAACACGAGGGACAAGCCGAGCCGGUGAAGAGGAGACGGGAGGACGGGGGGGUCGCAGGAAGGCCACGGAUCACCCGGUGGGAUUGUUUAAAGUGUCAUAUCGGAUCUGUUAGAACCAGUUCGAGGCGCUGCUUGCUUUACAAACUCCGCCACCAUGAGUGGACACCCGCCACAGCGGCGGCAAGCCAACGCCGGCUCCUCGCUUCUGUCAGCGCAGCAAAACGAGUGCCUCUUCAACCACCUCGGCAGGAAAUGCAUCUCAUUGUCCUCAGCAGUGGUCCAGGUGUUCGUAGCAGAUAGGAACUCUAGCUGGAGCAAGAAAUGCGGCGGGGUGGCCUGUCUGGUCAAAGACAACCCGCAGCGAUCCUACUUCAUCAGGGUCAUUGACCUCAAGGAUGGCAAAAUUCUGUUUGAACAGGAGCUGUACAAUAACAUCGGCAUCUACACCCCAAAACCCUACUUUAUCACAUUUGCUGGAGACACAUGCCAAGUGGGUCUGAACUUUGCCAGUGACGAUGAGGCCAAGCGUUUCCACAGCCAUUUGACAGAGCUGGUGGGGAAAAGACAGAGGAAAACCGAGAAGAGACGUGACCCUCCAAAUGGUCCCUCAUUGCCCAUGGCCACAGUCGACAUCAAAAACCCGGAGAUCAGCAAUGUUCAUCGUUACCAUAGCAACUCUCAGGUGAACAACAUUGUGCACUCCGCCUUCCCCAAGAAGCAGAAAAAGGUCAAGGGGAAGACCAAGAGGCUGACCAAGGCGGACAUCGGCACGCCGAGCAACUUCCAGCACAUCGGCCACGUAGGAUGGGAUCCAAACACAGGCUUUGAUUUGAAUAACUUGGACCCGGAGCUAAAGAACCUCUUCGACAUGUGCGGCAUCUCCGAGGCUCAGCUGAAGGACAAGGAGACCUCGAAGGUCAUCUACGACUUCAUCGAGAAGAAGGGAGGCGUGGAAGCUGUGAAAAACGAGCUGCGGAGACAAGCUCCUCCACCUCCUCCAUCCAGAGGUGGCCCUCCUCCCCCACCCCCACACCACAGCUCAGCCCCUCCUCCCCCUCCUCCUGCACGAGGGCGAGGUGCCCCGCCGCCACCUCCUCCCUCCAGAGCUCCCAUCUCCACGCUCCCACUCCCUCCAUCUCGGCCGGGCAUGUCCGCCCCGCCGCCGCCUCCAAGCCGAGGUUUUCUCCCGCCUCCUCCGCCGUCUCAUGCCUCAAUUCCUGUGGCGCCGCCGCCUCCUCCCCCUCCUCCGCCCUCAUUCUCGACUCCAUCCGGUGGCGGCGCACCGCCUCCCCCGCCGCCUCCUCCCCCACCCCCUUGCCCUCCACCCCCUGCUCCUCCGCUGCUCCCGGAGGCUAACAAAGGGGACAGCGUUGCGCCCUCAACCGGCACGACGGCACUGCUGAGUCAGAUCCGAGAGGGCAGGCAGCUGAAGAAGACUGAGCAGAAAGAGAGGCCAGUGUCCAACACCGGCAGAGAUGCACUUCUGGACCAAAUCCGACAAGGAAUCCAACUUAAAGUGAGGGACGACAAUACAGACUCACCUCCUUCCAGCCAAGGUCCCUCGGCGGGCAUCGUAGGAGCGCUGAUGGAGGUGAUGCAGAGAAGGAAGGCUAUUCACUCUUCAGACGAGGACGAUGACGAUGAAGAUGACGAGGACUUUGAGGAGGAUGACGAAUGGGACGACUAGCGAUUUCCUCUUUUUUUUUUUCUCCCCUUCCUAUCCCUCUGGAUGACUAUGACACUAAAAAUUGUUCUCGUCUUUCUAAAAAGAAAUCUUUAAUUUCAAAAUGAUAAAUAUAAAUGUUCUAUCAAUUUGCUGUAUAUUUUUGUUGCCUUUAUGCUUUUUUUUAUUUUUAUUAAUCUGUGCAAUACCUCAUUUAACCUGUAAAUGUUUGUCACUCUCACAUCUUAGGUUUUUUCUCUUCAUCUUCGUCCCGUCUGUUCCUUGUUGGCUCCUUUUCCGUCUCUGGACAGUAAAAUGUCUCAUCUGUCAUUUUAACUAUGUUCUUCCCACGUCCCCGACUCUGUGAUGUUAAUCACCUCCAUCUGUCACUCAGCCUCCCGUCGCACAUGUUCCCUCCCUCUCUUAUUCCCCAGUCCUUGAAUCAACAUGUGCAAUUUUACAUCAAGUUGUCUCUUGAACCUUAGAGUUGAAUGUUUUUUUUGUUUUUUAUUCUUAAUUAUUUUUCUUUGUUUCCUUUGGUCAGUGAUUGAAGGGGAGGGCUUUACGAAACAAGUUGCCACAAAUCCUUCAUAAGUCGUGUCAGCGUUGUCCAUCAGGAGAAGAGAAAGAAAAAAAACUAUUUUCAUACCCUAUUGCUCUGUAGUUUAUUUUUACUUAUUCAAAUGAUCCUAGUUUAGCACUCAUAUUUUCUUAAAACACAGAAGAAGAAAAGAAAUGAAAAUAUUUAGCUCUGUUUUCUGUCGACUGUAAAUUUGCUCCAGAGCUUUGAGUCUCGUUAUAUUUUUGCACACAGAGUGAAAGUGGAGACUCAGUACAGGACAUUUUCGGGUCUGUGUUUGGAACAUGGACAUGCUUUACGAAACGAGGCAAAGACCAUGUGGACGUCAAGCAUUUGAAACCGUUAUUACACUACAUGAAUUAAACACAAGGGGGCAGCCUACAUGCCACAUGUCUGCCUAUCGAUUGUGGAUACUAGUUCUCUUUUUUUUUUUUUGUCAUUGUCACACUACAGAUUCUACAGACAGAUAAAUGCCUGUUUGUUGGAAUCAGGUAUCUCAUCAUGCUCAGUUUGCGGAAUAAAGACAUUUUCGUUUUACACUUCUGACGCUUGUAAUGGGUCCAUACACUACGUUACUGUACAGAGACAGCCAGGUGGUGUUGUCCCUCUUGUAGACACUAAGUGCUGAGACGGGGACAAACGUUAGGUUCAUGGCAUUAUUCAAUGAGUAUCGACAGUGUCUUGGCUAACCAGUGCGUAAUGAGGUGUAGCAUUGUACCAGACAGUGGUCAACUUUUCCCUGCAGAGACCAAGCAAUCACAUGGCGACGUGUAAUUACUUUUUCCCAGUAAUUCUUGGAAUAUGCUUCGUUCCAAUGUGGAUUUGCCACAAAGCAAAAAUAUUGCUAAUGCUAAAUUAUUCAAUCAGUAACAGGAAUGGAUUAAAUAAACAUGGCCGACAUCAAACCAUUUAUAACCAUCUUAUAAACCAUAUUAUUUAUACAGAGUUAAUUCAAAUUUUAAAAAAAUACUUUUUCUACUUAUUCAAUAUUUAAUUUAAUUAAAGGAACAAUCAGUUAUUUCUACUUUGAAAAGUUGCGUGGUCCUGCUUUAAUGGAAGCCAUCUUGGCUCCACAGAACGAGGUAGUUAGUUGGUUUUUAACCUUCAUAUUUGCUUUGUCGACCUAAAGCAGGUUUAGAAUUUCGCUCUUUCAUUCAACCAGACUCGUGGUUUAUUUCUCUUUGGCAUCUGAUAAUCCAAGACAUUGUUUCUCAAGCAUUAGCACUAAAUUAGCACGACAAUAUUUCAAGAUAUUUUGAAGAAUUUUUUGCAACACUACCAGGGGCUGUGGGUUAUAGAAGAGCCAAUACUGAAAUGUUUGUCGCUCUGUGUCAGAAAAACUACAUAAUUAUGAUGAAAUAUCUUCUUUGUUUUAUUGUUUUGUUUUUCUCUUGUCAGCCAAAAGAGGCCUGUUGGUGUUAAAGUCUUUGAGAGACAAAUUGCCACUAAUUAGAUGUAAGAACCGACCUCUUGUGUCGGAUAUCAAGAUACUUUUUGGGGGGGAAAUAAAAACCAAACCAUGUUUACGCUGAUGUUCACGUCUGUGGGUUAAGAUGUGGAUGCCGGGCCUCAUCAGAGAGGCCUGACAAAUGAUGAACUCGUACGUUGUACACUCCAAUAAAAAGGUUGAGAUUUA